ACUCCGCAUAUCGCAAACCUCCGUUUUCUCUUCCUCUCCACCCCUCAAACGCCCUUUACACCUCAACUCUUUCGCCAUGGACAUCACCGCUCUUGUUUGCGCUGACGACAGGGUCUCUAGAACCCUUCCUGCGCAACAUUUUCAACACUAUUCUUCAAACAGCCAUCAACUCGAAACUUCAACACAACCACCGCGCCAACAACAACUUUCGAAGCCACAAUCGCACCAACCACUGCCGUCUGUCUCUUCACUAAGCGUCGCAACUUCCGCGCUCUCGGCAUCCUCCUCUCUCGAUUCGCUGUCAUCUCCAAUCAAUUCAUUAACAUCCCUCCCUCCCCUGUUUUCACCUACUCCUCAAUAUCCUCCCCAGCAAACGGCCCACUACCAAGCCUACUCACCUAUCCCGUCUUUGCAACAUCCCCUCUAUCAACUGCCUCUCCAGGCCGCUUCACACACCACUCGCCCAUCAGCCACAUCUCGCCGCCCACAGGCCUCCCAGCAACGGGUCGAAUGUGCCUUAUGUGGAAAGAGCUUCAGUGGUAUCUCUAGCCACAACCGCCAUGUGUCCCGGACUCAUCACAAGGCCCGUCCAUUUGCAUGCAGUCAAUGUGACCUUCAGUUUGGACAAAAAGGAUCUCUUGAUCGCCACACGGCUGCGGUUCAUCUGAAGGAGAGGCCGUACACAUGCGAGCACUGUCACAAAGGUUUCGGUCGCAAGGACAACAUGAAGAUUCACAUGACUACCGUGCACCUUAAGAAGAAGCCUUACAAGUGCGACAUGUGUCCCAAGAGUUUUGGAGGAAAAAGGCCGUUGAAGAUUCACAGGCAGACUGUUCACUUCAAGCAGAGGCCGCUGCAAUGCGAGCAUUGCGACAAGCGCUUUGGGCAGCGCUCUAAUCUCAAUGUACACAUGAAGGUGCACAGACGUGCCGCGAAUGCUGUUGUGAGCGCUAGGGCGUUGUCACACGCUCCCGCCAUUCGUUCUCCUCCCACAAGCCCGAUAGGUUCCAUAGAUGAUCUCAGUUCAGUUCGUACCGAGUCAGUGACGAUAGCGGGCAAGGUCGAGCCUUUCCCGACAGUAUACCCAGAAUCUCGGGGCUUUGCCAGCAGUCCAAUUUAAGGCAUUCUUGAUACAGCACCUGGAUAUGGAGGUGUACACGCCGGGAAUGAGGGAAAAGUCUUUGGUUCUGCUCUGCUGCUGCGUCUCUCUAGCUUUGGGUCGCGGUUUAGGAGAUGGCUGGGUACGCCAAAAAUAGAGAGGAGAAGAUAGCUGCGGCUCCUACGAGGGUCACACUUCGUUUUGAUUGCAAAAUGGCGACAGCCGACAAACAUGUUAAUUAACAGAAGGCAAAAGGUCUAGAGCACAGUCUGCGCAAGUGAGCGGAAGACACAAUGGAACAGCUUCUGCUCGCAAACGAUAAUUGUCUUGGAUACGAGCACAUCGAUAGCUAACUCACUUUUCUACAAAACAUCGCACAGGUAGCCGGAAUUGGAGGCGUCGACGUCCUUGUUGGCACACUGUGCAAAAUUUUGGGCCUAAUUGCUGUCCAUAUUUCCCCCAAGGGUUUUAGUCCUUCGUUUCCUACAGAACAAUCGUAAUUCGUUUGUAGCUUAAUUUGUCGUGCUUCAAUCGCAUUGAUGGGAUGCCGUCCCAACAUCGUGUUAAAACUAAAACAUUCAGACUUUUUUUGUUU